UUCGCGCCCGCCGGCCCGCUCCAAGCUCAGUCAUGGAUGUAGCUCCGUGUCGCGACCACGCGCCUCUGUUCCACUCCUAGUCCGCGCCCGAAACCGACCCUGCCUUACCUUGUGUGCCUUGUGUUCGCCGUUUCUCCCUGGUGCUUUCCACGGAUCUGUGGUGUGUUUCUUGUGUCUCAAGUGCUCUGAUUUUGGAAUACUGUUCAGUGUGCCGAGUUUGAAAUUUCUCCCCGAAGAUCGAGCGGGCUGGAUUCAUUAGCGAACUUAGUUUCCGUGUUCUUUCCAGUAUUAAGUGUGUCAAGUUAUUUGGGUAGUUUGUGAUUGACAACAUAAGCGACUCACUUAUAUAUGGAUUUUAAUUUAACCAGCGAUCCCAUUGGAAUUUUAUACAAAAAUGAGGAUAUUUUACCAAUUUGGAUGUGAAAGCUGGAAAACCUGAGCUAAAAAGAGGAGCUCACAGAAAUUUCACGGCGUGUGCUGAAAGAAGGAACCCAACCGUCGACGCUGACAGAGAAGCUAGCGCAUUCCUUCGGAGCGAGCCACCACGGUCGGUGUAGAUCCCCCGGAUCAAUUUGUAUCUGCAUCCCGACAUCGGUGAGCCGCGCGGCCGACUCCGUAUUUUAAUCACGUCGUCGGAACUAAUAACUCCGCCGCUAGCCGAGCGAAGACUCAACACUUGUACACCGCGGCGAUAAAUAUUCACGCCGCUGAAUAGGGGCCCUUGUUAGAUGCUCACUCAUUUCCGAAAAUGAUUCUCCACCGCUAAUAUAAACACAUGUCACUUUGGGAGUGAGCCGGAGUCAAGUGGUCCGGAGGCGUCGCAACUUGGAAGCGGUGGCCGCGCUAAGUCAACACACUCGACUCGACCCGACCCGAUCAGCCUUGAUGCAGCAGCGCCUGGACUACCUCUUCCUCCGAGACGGAGCAUUGUCUCGCCCGCGUCUGCCCGGGAGAAGAUGAACGCAGACAACCGUCGACCCGUCCGUCGAAAUCCCAACCCGCCCGAACACCUCCGCCGCGAGUUUAAUCCGACCGAGUAACCUCCCGCUCCCUCCUUUGAAUGACGUCACCCGAGGCGAGCACUCUGGAAGCCAUGUGUGCCGAGUACACGAUCAUGCCCACCCUGGCGAGCCAAAGCGAUAAGCGCCGACGGAAACGCACCAGACUCCGUCAUGCGGUGUUGGCCCUCUUCACGGGCAAGUCCUUGACGAGUUGUGAUAGUCCCUACUUCGAGCCGGCCAAAGCCUCCAACAUCUCGGUCAAGCGUGCCAUCUUCAUCCUGACAACGUUGGCCGCCUUCCUCUUCGGCCUCACGGUCGGCAUCCUAAUCCCCGAGUAUGUCCUAGGAACGAGCGUUGUAGAGUAUUCGAGUUCCCAAAUGAAUAGCACUAGUCAUAUAUUUCCCUCCCUCGACCCGGCGACGGUCGUGCGACUGGCCAGGUCGAAGAAGGACAUAGUAAAUAGCACGAGUUUUCAGAGCGUCUCCUUCGUCAACUCGACGACGCACGGGGACGUCGAGAGGAACUCGAUAUCGCCCGGCUGGCUGGACGGCGUCUACUGGAACCAGGAGGUCGAGAAGGCGCUCCCCUCCGGGUACUCGCAGAAGGACGCGACCCGGUGGCGGAAGUACGUGCGCACCAGCUCCGUCGUCAAGAUGGAGGAGGGCUGCGGCCGAAUGCAGAACCGGCUCCUCAUCUUCAAGGACGGCACCCGGGCCUGCUCCAGGUACCGCCAGAACACCGACCAGAUCCAGGGUGAGAUCUUUAGUUUUUUUCUAGGUAGGAUAUUAGGAUUGAAAAAUUUGACGCCCUCCACGCUGGCGGUGGUGAAGGCGCGGAGCUCGCUCUGGUCCAAAGUCAAGUCGCAGGCGUCGCUGGCCCAGUGGCACGAGGACCGGCCGGUGGUGGUGACCAUGUACCUGCCCGCCCUCGAGCCGGCGUACAUCCCGAGCCCGCUGCGCUCCGUCAACAAGCGCCUGCACCCCAAUGACGUGGACGGUCCAAUGCCCGACAUCGUGGAGCUGGCCCAAUGGUCAGACCUCAUCGUCUUCGACUACCUCACGGCCAACCUGGACCGGGUCGUCAACAACAUGUACAACCUCCAGUGGAACCCGGGCAUGAUGAACGCCUCGGCUCAUAACCUGGCUAAGAACGCUGAUACCGGACUCCUGGUCUUCUUGGACAACGAGAGUGGGCUACUCCACGGCUACCGGCUUCUUUCCAAGUACGAGUCGUAUCAUAGCGUAUUGCUGGACGCACUCUGUGUCUUCCGCAAGCCCACCAUCGAUGCACUGACCAAGCUCAAGACUGAUGGAAACGUGGGCUAUCUCCUCAAUGAGCUCAGUUUUGAUGAGCUUGACAGAGAGGCGCUUCCAACAUUGCCUGAGAAGAGCAUCAGGAUACUCAAUAGUAGAAUUGAACGAGUUCUCAACCAUGUCGCCUGGUGUGAGAAACAGUACGCUGGUUCAUUACGAAAGUGAAUCGUAAAUCACACCUAUGUAGAAUGAUUUUUCUGAUAUUCCUCUUGGUGCAGAUUUUGCGAGAAGUUCCGACUGUUCGUUGAUUUUUGAGAGUUUUUAGGCUGAGUCUUUUUUGUUGUUUUUUUUUUCAAAGACAUAUACCAGACUGAAAACCUGGGAAUGCCAUUAUCUGAGUAGCUUUUUCCUAUUAAUAUCUAUAAAUUCAAGAAAAAUAGAACAAUACUUUCAUAGAAGAGAGUUGAAUAUUUUUCAACAUUUCACAUUUCUUUCUGUAAGAAAAAAAACAUUGCCAUUCAAAUUGAUCCUUCAGGCAUUGCUCAAGUCCUUCAUUUUCUUAUGAGAACUUACUUAGUUUAAACUUAAUUUUCUGCACCGUGAAUGUGGAACACCACAUUUAUAUUUUAAAUCCAGAAGUAAUUACUAAGGUGCGAUCAAGAUAAUUUAGUUCCGUAAAAUCAUGAACAAAUCAUAACAUCAAUGGCAAACCUCGAUUUGCAUGGUGUCAGAUUACAAAGCGUAAGUUUGUUACAAAUAUUAUUUGCUUCAUUGCAAACAACGCAAGUAUACGUAUGAAAUUUAACUUUUGUGAUUGAUAUGGUCACAACUUUGAAAUGUUACCAGAAUAUUGACUGAUAAUGUACAUACUUUGUACCGAUUGUAGAUUUUGAAAUACAAAAAGAAAAAAUCAGCAUUCGAUUGUACAUACUGUUAAUAGAUGGACAUAUUUUAUUUUUUAUUGAUUUUUUUCACGAUCGGUUGAUAUUUUUUUUAUAUUGUACAUUGAAAGUCGUUCGUUAUGUGUGUAAAAAGUUUAUAA